AUGCUGGCUCCAACCAACUGCACACUCAACACUCUGUCCUUACCUCAACUCAAGCGCAAACGUUCCGACGACGCGACCGACGCUCCCACCCCGACGAAGCUCUGCACAGAGUCGCGGUCGCUCUCCACGCGCCCUGUGUCUGCGACCGUCGUGACCCCGGAAUCUGUGACCCCCAGCACUCCGACAACCCCGUCUGUCUCGUCUUCAAAUCCACCGGUCGCGGCGCCGCGUCCGCCGGCGCAGGUCGCCAAACCGGCCCCCAGCACCACCCAUUUGAGAGAUACUAUCACCGCACAGCUGAGCCUCGAGGUCCUCCUUAAGCACAACGAGCUCCGUCUCAUCGAUCAGGAAAUCGCCAAGUGCCAGGUCGCCCUCGAACAGCUACGUCGCUGCGCUGAAAUCCCUUACCCGGGCUCACGUGUCGCCGGUGUAUCCGCCGAUGUGAGCUCCGGCACGGGCGCAUCGCUGGCACCUGGAAAUGGUCCGUCGCCGAUGUCGCCUGCGCCAUGGGGAGUCACCGAUGGUCCUUACUCGCGCCACUACGCCCGCUGGCUGCUGCCUGAUCCGCGAUUUGACGGUGGCGAAGACGGGUUGACGAUUCCUCCGCUGGCCGAGGGUCGCUCUACGCGCGGGAACCCAGGUGACCUAGGCUCGCUGGCGGGCAAGACUCGUCCGCAGCGUGGUUCGACUGGUACCAAGCAUACCUCCCUGUCCAGUGGAUAUCCCCUGGUGAAGGAGAAGCCUGGUCCCAUGCUUAUCCGGCGCAAGUCGGAUGGUGUUCUGGUCAAGCUGGUCUGUCUGGACUGUCGUCGCGACAAUUUCUCUAGUACUCAAGGAUUUAUCAACCACUGCCGUAUCGCGCACAACCGCAACUUUGCGAGUCACGAUGCCGCUGCCGUUGCCUCUGGUGAAGCGGUCGAUGUGGACGACGCCGGGGCUGUUGUUGGUCGCAGUGAACCGACUAGCAGCACUAAAGCUCCUGGCUACGUGCAUCCUCUCAUCCGCUCUGCCCACAUUCCCACUCCUCCCAAGUCUACGCCGGCUGAGAAAGAGUGUGCCACACCUGUUAAACCCGCUACGGCUAACGAUUCCGCGGUCGCCACUCCUCCCACCACUGUUCCACCCAACCGCCCCCGGUCUGAGCCUGUGCGUUUGCCUCCAAACCCGCAGUUCCUGGCCUCGCCUGCCACACCCCACCUCUCAGCACUGAUGAAAUCCCGCGGCGCCGGUCUGGACAUGGACAAGCUUGUCAGCGAAGCCCGCACCCCAGUAGACCUGGGCAGUCUCUCCGACGACGAAUCCGACGAAGACUCUCGUCCAUCCGACUCCAACCCCGACACAUCCGAACUCAAUCCCCGCGCCGGCCGCCAGCCAAUGCGCAUUCCGAUUGCUCAAGCAGCUCAGCCCGAGAGCCGAAAGGCCCUGGAUCGUAUCCACGGGCCGCUAAUAGAAGAAUCGACCCCAUCGCGCCCCCAAGCUUCCUUCUUGGACAUCUCCGGGCGCACCCAAUCUUCUCUGGGAUCCCGCGACAGUCUUGACCACGCAAACCUCAGCCCACACGCCAUCGAAUCAAACCAAGCACCAAGCCUGGUUAGCGACGACGAAGAUGACUACGAGGCUGCCUCGGAUGAAGAUGGUCUAUCCUCUUCUGAAGCAGAUGAAGAGGAAGAAGAGUUCAGACACAUUCACGUCGAAGACGAUGAGCGUGCUGCUGCUGCGCCUGCCGCUGCGGAAGCUAAGCCUGGUCCUUCGCUCGCUAGCCCUGCACCACAGUCUGCCACACCUUUGUCGCAGCCGCUGAAGCGCAGUCGCUCGAAGAAGAUGGGUAUGGUUCCUUUUGGUGAGAGCGAUGAUGCUCACCAUGGCCAUACCCGUACCCGUGUUGGCUUUGGCCAUUCUACUGAGAAUCCCACACAGCCCAAGUGUGAGAGGAAAAAUUGA